CCCUCAGACUUCUAACUGAAUAAAUAAAUAAAUAAAACCCUCAGAGCGGCAAAAGAGAGACAUUUAUUAUAGGAAAGAAAAGAAGAGAAGAAGGUCCGCUUCAAUGAAAAUGGCUUCAUGGGACGAAGACACUAAGAACAAAGUUCUUCGUCAGGUUGAGUUUUACUUUAGCGAUAGCAAUCUUCCUAGAGACGAUUUUCUCAGGAAAUCUGUUUCUCAAAGCCCUAAUGGCUUGGUCAGCUUGGCUCUGAUAUGUACAUUCUCUCGUAUGAGAAGUUUGCUUGGUUUGAGUCGUAACACUAAGCGCGAUGAUGUUCCUGAUCGAAUUGUGAAAUCCGUGGCUAAAAUUUUGCGAAACUCCAAUUGCUUGAAAGUUUCUGAUGAUGGGCAAGAGGUUGGUCGAGCUAGAGAGCUUAAUAAACCUGAAGAGGUUAUAAAGCAAGUAGAUACAAGAACCAUUGCAGCCUCACCUUUGGGGUAUGAUGUCAAGAUUGAAGAUUUAGAAGUUUUCUUUUCUAAUUAUGGCAAGGUUAAUAGUGUGAGGCUACCUAGUCAUGUAGCUGACAAAAAAUGCUUUUGUGGCACUGCAUUAAUUGAAUUCUCAAUAGCUGGAGAUGCUGAUAAUGUUCUGAAGCAAACUUUGAUUUAUGCUGGUACCGAGUUAAAGUUAAAGCCAAAAAAAGAGUUUGAUUCUGAGAGAGAAUCAUUAAUCAGUGAUGCUCUAAAGUCUAAUUCAUUGAGUGCUGGCGACGUGAAGGAUGGUGGAACGAAACUAAAGUACCAGAAAGGUUUAGUUCUUGCAUUAAAAUUGGAGAGAAAGUUAGAUGGAGGGAGUAAUGGACAAAAAACAUGUGAAAGUACAGAUCAAAGUGAACAAAAAAGCUCUGUUGAUGAAAAAACAAGACAAGCUGCUGCCCAAAAAGAAAAUGAUUCUCUCCUGUGUGCGGAAGUUAAGAGCACCUUUCAAAGAUUUGGCACUGUUAAGUAUGUUGACCUUGAUUCUGGAGCAGAUUCGGGUUACAUAUGUUUUCAAGAACCAGAAUCAGCUAUAAGAGCCCGUGCAACUGCAGCAUUUGUCGAAGGUGGUGUUAUUUCAAAAAACUUUAUUAUGUUCAUAGAAGCAGUUACUGGUGAGGCUGAAGAGGAGUACUGGAAAUCUUACCAUUGUGAUAGUGGCGACGAUAAAUCCGGGAAAGGCAGAAAGGGCAAUAAUGCAUGAUCCAGAGGACAUGAGUCUGCAGACUAGAGCUAAUUUGAUAGUCAGUGAAGAUUUUGAAUAUUAAUAAAUAUUGAUAUAUAUUUGGCAGUGUAAGGAAAUUUUCAAGGGAGGUGAGACUUGCUGGCCAAUUUUUUGUUGAGAUAGAAUGUCUUCUUUUCUUUUUUCUAUCUUUCUUUCUGAACUGUAAGUGAAUGUCCAUAGCUCUAGCAGCAACAAUUUCUUUUUGAUGAGAUAAUAGAGCGUCUUAUUUAUUUA